AUGGCUCAAUCAGUACCCCCAGCUUCGUCGCCCGAACAGCUAACCGUAGGGCAAGUCGGAACUUCAGUGAACUCGGUACCUUAUGCUCGCCAUGAAGAAAUUAUCCGCGCUCCACUUACCUAUCUUCUUGAUCUACCAGGUAAAGAUGUUCGGAGCAAAAUGAUAGCGGCUUUCAACAAGUGGCUCCAAAUACCUGAGGAUAAGCUUAAUGUUAUCAAGCGCAUUAUCAUGUUACUGCACAAUGCAUCACUCCUGCUUGACGAUAUCCAAGACUCGUCAAAACUCCGCCGUGGGCUGCCGGUGUCGCAUAGCAUCUUCGGCAUUGCUCAAACUAUCAAUGCUGCCAACUACGCCUUCUUUCUGGCCCAGCAAGAGCUUCCCAAGUUGGGAGAUGCUCGCGCGUUUGAGAUCUUCACUGAAGAACUGCUACAUCUGCACCGAGGUCAGGGCAUGGAUAUCUACUGGAGAGAUGCCUCCAUCUGCCCAACUGAGGAAGAGUAUUUCACCAUGGUCUCCAACAAAACUGGAGGACUCUUCAGGCUGGCUGUCAAACUGAUGCAAUUGGCGAGCGAGAGUGAUAAAGAUUACGUUCCACUCGUCAACGUGCUGGGAGUCAUUUUCCAAAUUCGCGAUGACUAUCUAAACUUGCAGAGCGGCAAUUACGCCAAGAACAAGGGAUUUGGUGAAGACCUGACAGAGGGGAAGUUUUCCUUCCCCAUCAUCCACAGCAUCCGCUCAAACCCGGCCAACAUUCAGCUCUCCAGUAUCCUGAAGCAGCGAACGACGGACAUUGAUGUCAAACUGUUUGCAGUUGGGUACAUUGAGUCGACCGGCUCAUUCGAGCAUUGCCGGCGGAAGCUUGUCGAGCUGACAGCUGAGGCGAGAGCCAUAAUGGAAAAUAUGGCGGAUGGUCGAUCUGAAGAUCUUGAGGUAAUGAAUCAACUUUUGGGCAUGAUUGGACUGGAGGGCUUUGAUUAG